AUGGUAAACAGAGGUUGGAUUUCUAAAGAUAAAGUCAACCCUAAAACAAGACCACUUUCACAAACAAAUGAUAUAGUCACAAUUAAAGGAAUAUUAAAAAAACCUGAGAAGAAUGAAUGGAUUUGGAAUGAUAUUGAUACAAUGGCAGAAUCAACUAAUGCUCAACCUAUAAUGAUUGAACAAAGUUUAGAUACAUCACCUUUUUUAAAAAAUAAGUUAAUUGAAGAUGGUAUUCCAGUUGGUAAAGAGCCUUCAAUUGAAUUACGAAAUACUCAUUUACAAUAUGCAAUCACAUGGUAUUCAUUGUCAAUUGCAACAACUGUAUUAUUAUAUCUUUAUAUUAAAAAACCUCCAUCUGGUUAUAUUAGACGUAGAGAAAUGAAAGGAUAG